UGCGGCUGCACUAUGGCGGCAGCGGGGAGGCCUGGUGAGGCGGACGCCUUCGCGUGCUACCACUCCCCGCUGGUGUCACGCUACGCCAGCCCCGAGAUGGGCUUCAACUUCAGCGAGAGGAAGAAGUUCGGCACCUGGCGGCGGCUCUGGCUCUACCUGGCCCAGGCUGAAAAGUCACUGGGGCUGCCUAUCACUGAUGAGCAAAUCCAAGAGAUGGAAGCCAACCUGGACAACAUUGACUUCAAGAUGGCCGCAGAAGAGGAGAAAAAACUGCGUCAUGAUGUGAUGGCCCAUGUGCACACCUUUGCACACUGCUGUCCCAAAGCUUCAGGCAUCAUUCACCUUGGAGCCACUUCCUGUUAUGUGGGGGACAACACGGACCUGAUUGUUCUACGCGAUGGCUUCAAUCUGCUGCUACCCAAGCUCGCCAGGGUGAUCAGCCGGCUAGCCGACUUUGCUGAGAAGUAUGCCAACUUGCCUACAUUGGGCUUCACUCACUACCAGCCUGCCCAGCUCACCACGGUGGGAAAGCGCUGCUGCCUGUGGAUCCAGGACCUGUGCAUGGACCUGCAGAACCUAGAGCGUGCACGGGAUGACUUGCGAUUUCGUGGGGUGAAAGGCACCACUGGCACUCAGGCCAGCUUCCUGCAGCUCUUUGAAGGCAGUCAUGAGAAAGUGGAGGAGCUCGACAGGCUGGUGACUGCCAUGGCAGGAUUUAAGCGGGCUUAUAUAGUAACAGGUCAGACAUACAGCCGCAAAGUGGAUAUUGAAGUCCUAAGUGUGCUGGCCAGUCUGGGGGCAUCCAUACACAAGAUCUGUACUGACAUCCGCCUGCUGGCCAAUCUCAAGGAGAUAGAGGAGCCUUUUGAAAGAGAUCAGAUUGGCUCAAGUGCCAUGCCUUAUAAGAGGAACCCAAUGCGUUCGGAGCGUUGCUGCAGUUUGGCCCGUCACCUAGUGACCCUAGUUCUGAACCCGCUCCAGACAGCCUCUGUGCAGUGGUUUGAACGCACUUUGGAUGACAGUGCAAACAGGCGCGUGUGUCUGGCUGAGGCUUUCUUGACAGCAGACAUCAUACUGAGCACACUGCAGAAUAUCUCCGAGGGACUUGUGGUCUAUCCCAAGGUGAUUGAGAGACGGAUCCAACAGGAGCUACCCUUCAUGGCCACAGAGAAUAUUAUCAUGGCUAUGGUGAAAGCUGGGGGCAAUCGUCAGGAUUGUCAUGAGAAGAUACGAGUCCUUUCCCAGCAGGCAGCUGCGGUUGUGAAACAGGAAGGGGGCGAUAAUGACCUUAUUGCCCGUAUCUGUGCUGAUCCCUACUUCAGCCCCAUCCAGGAACACUUGGAGAGCCUCCUGGACCCCGUAUCCUUCACGGGACGUGCACCGCAGCAGGUGGCAAGGUUCCUGAAGGAGGAGGUUCAUCCAGUGCUGACUCCAUACCAAAGCAAGAUGGGUGUGAAAAUAGAGCUGGCACUUUAGCCUGAUAUUAUGGAGUUGUAUGGGUGUGCAAGAUAAUGAAAGUCUGAAAGAACCAA